AGGUGGUCGGAUUGUUGUUGGCCGUCUUUCGGUUUUGGUUCCGACAUCGAAUACAACGGCUGUGGUGGGAAGACGCCUGGGCGUUCGCCGCCUUCCUCUUUGCGAUCACUUACCUGACGGGAACGUGGUUGGAUGUCUUGUAUCGGAAACCGACCUCAACAGUCGGGUUUUGGAUGUACGUUUUCUCAUUCAACCCGGUGAUAUGGCUCGUGCGCCACAGUACACUAUUCACCGUGGCACGGAUUGUCUAUCCGACUCUGACACUGAGAAGAAUGGUGUUGGCAAUAGGAUUGCUGUUCUUCCUGUUGUUUAUCUCCUUCAUGGCAGCAAAGUUAUGGUAUUAUUGCCAUGACUUGAGCUGGAUGAACAAUACCUUGUACUUUGGAAAUGCACUCCUCCCCUUGGCCACCAAUUUGAUUAUCUUUGAAUUGACGACUGAUUUCAUCACCGAUGCAAUCCUUAUUGCUUUACCCAUUAAGCUCCUAUGGAACGUCAAACUGCCGACGCGACAGCGACGAAUGAUCCUGUUGAUUUUCGCGUCGGGUAUCACGAUCACGCUCGCCGCCAUCUUCCGUGCCACAUGUCAGCUCCUAGGCCUCAAUCUGAUCGUUUCUUUAGUCAUGGAUGCUGAGAUCGCGUUCUCUACCAUUAUGUGCAACUUACUCGUUUUCGUGACGUUCCUCUAUCGUUAUGGUCGUUCAGCAACUCCUCCUCCCUCGACCGACUUUGACGAGGAUGACGACUAUACUACACCGGUCCGGCCUCGUCAGACCACCCAGCUUCUGACAAUAGUUGAAGUGGGCGGCUCGGAUUACUGCUCAGAUAACGCGACGCCUACGUGGAGAGACGGAUAUAGCAGCCAAGCAAUGUCUGGCACGCACAGCUCCUCGGAACAACAACAACCUGAAAAAACCUCAAGUUGAUCUUAUCCUGCCGCUUCUCGUCUCCCCCCCCGCCUAUUUAUUCAUCCACAAGGCGCACUUCGACCUAAAUAUGGAACUAGCUCUUGAGCCUUAACGUUUUGUUGCCCACAUCAUUCUCAAGUCGAGUUUUGCUUUCGCUCUGGUCUCGGUCUCCCCACCACACCAGCAUGUUGUCUCGAUAACUCCGCAGCCUUUACCCCGUGUUCCGAUGUGCACCGCACAAAGAGGGAAGGGGGAAAAGACCAUGUAGAGUCCAUAAUAGGGUAUUCCUGUAUGAGUGGUGUCAUUAAUUAUGUACACAUUCGCUGGCAGAAGUCCUCCGCAACCAUGC